CCCGCCUCUUGGAAUUCUUAGGAGGAGGGGGCGAAAGUGAUAUACGCCCCUCUUCAAGUUCUCACUCAGGUCGGGUAAAGUGCUAUAUAAAUGUUGCUCUUGCGCCCGACUAUCAUAUUGUUCAGCGGCUCUUUCAGGGAGUGGUACUGAUUGUUUUUGUCAUGUCUGGUCGUGGGAAAGGCGGAAAAGGUCUUGGGAAAGGAGGCGCCAAGAGGCACCGGAAAGUGCUUCGCGAUAACAUCCAAGGCAUCACCAAGCCUGCUAUUCGCCGCCUGGCUCGCCGUGGAGGUGUAAAGCGUAUUUCAGGCUUGAUUUACGAAGAGACUCGCGGUGUGCUGAAGGUCUUUUUGGAGAAUGUUAUUCGGGAUGCUGUGACCUACACCGAGCACGCGAAGAGAAAGACCGUAACUGCGAUGGAUGUUGUUUAUGCUUUGAAACGCCAAGGUCGUACUCUGUACGGUUUUGGUGGAUAAGUGCGUGAAUCCCGUAUUUAUUGAUCUAAAAAGGCCCUUAUCAGGGCCGCCCACGCAUUCAUAGAAAGAGCUGUAUUCGCUUAUGCACACGAGUGUAAAUGUUGGAUGUGUUCGCUUGUGGGUGCAAAUUGUAUUUGUAGUAUUGGAAAGAACACUAGAAGAACCGUAUUAGUCCCAUGAUGGGGGGGAGGAAAAAACUCCGAAAGUGGUGUUAGUCGGGAAACUUCUUCAGAGGAACACUAAUCUCGGCAAUUGAUACAAGCUCUUUGAAAAGAAAGUGACAGCAUC